AGACGACAAUUUUUCUUCUCUCAAUAAAUUCUUCGUCUAUUUUUCUCAUUUUCUUUUGUGCAAUACGAUUCAAUGCGUAAAGAUUUCGAUUAUAAAAAAGAGAGAAAAUAGACGCUUUUUUUUUCACUUCAAGCUCAUACGUUAUAGGUUCCUAGCGAUAAGACUAUUUUCCUCUUUGAUUAUUUAUGACGCACGUAAAUCUACAUACGUGAGUUAUACAUUUACAUUUUUCCAUUUGAAAGAGCAGCAAUAAGUUGUGCGUAGAUAGUUUUUAUUGUUGUUAUUGAAAAAAAAUACGACAUUGAUCUUAAAUGAAUUGUUUAAUUUUUCUUUCCGAUAGAAAUUGAUUAUACAUCAGUUCGUCGUAUACCAAACGUUAAAUUAAGUGAACAAACACAAGAAACGACGACAACAAAUACAAUGUCUACUUCAACAUCAUUACAAGAUAUUAGUUCACAUCAUACACGACAAUUUACUUGGAAUGAUAAUAACAGUAACAAUAAUGAUAAAGAUCAGCAAUUAGCUAAUUUUUAUGAAAGAUUAUUAUCAUCAAAUAGUAGUCGACAAUUAAAUUCAUCUCAAAGUGAUGAACAUAUCUUUGAGCAUCCUGAAGUAACUAUAAAAUCAUCAGCACUUGAUGAUGAAAUUCAACGACGUUUAUCAACAAUAAAAACUUCGAAUGCAAAUGAAAAUUCUCUUGAACAUGAUGGUGGAAAAAGUGUACCAAAUAUACUUGAGCAUCCGGAUAUGCGUUCACCUGUUGUCAUGCAACCACCGCAAAUGUCUUCAUCAUUCUCAUCGUCAUCGUUACUGAUUCAGAAUAAUAGUAAAAAAAUUAAUCGAACACAAUCAGCUGAUGUUUCUACAAAUGUAACUCGAACACCAUCGCCUGAUAUUUAUGUCGAAGUUUUUAUUGAUCAUCAUCAAGAUUCAAGCCGAUCUACGUCACCCGGUGCACCUUUUGGUGAUGCUACUGAAGGUCUAGAAGAAGAAAAAAAUCCAGAUCCUCAUUCAUCAUCAUUAUCAUCAUCAUCAUUGAUGGCACCAGAUGCUCUUCGUGAAUAUUCUGAAUCAAGCUCAAAAUUAAAUAUUACUUUAAUGGAAACGGAAAAAAAGGAUUGUUGGUGA